GGCCCGGGCAGCGAUCAGUUGAGCCGGACAGUCCGGAACAGCACCACACACAUCAUCAUCCACCGUAGUUCCCGCCUUUUUCGCUCGCACCGUCCGGCCCGAGAGCGAGUGUACCUUCGACGCCUUUUCCGUCCAGCGAAGUUCACCAAUCCAUGCCCAGCUCGAGCUAUUCGAGGUGAACUUCCCUUUUUUCCAAGCGUUCGAGUUGCUCGUGAAAAUGCAGUGAAAUUGCAGGGCCCCAGUGUUUGCUCAGUGUCCCUGUUCGUGCGCCUAGAAUUAAUACCCGGAAGUUCGUCUGAAGUCUGACGACCGUUUCGUAUAGACACAGAGACUGCCAAGAGUUUCACCGUCACCGACCUCCGUUACUACUGUGUUCCUUAUUUACAAAUCGUACCAAACGUCCGUCCCGGAGUCGCGCAGAAUGAUGAGCUUCCUAAGGAUGUUUGACCGCACCGGAAAGGUGUUGCGCGCCGGCCAGCAGCGUCACUUUUCCAUCGUGGGCAGCCCGAGCGUCAGCGCAUACCUUAUGCAGCAGGCAAGAAAGGCGAAAAACGUUAACCGCACCCUGCACGGUCUGCACGAGCGCAAGCAGGCGACAUUCAGCGAGCGCAACCAGCUAAAGUACGCCCGGCGGCUGGUGGUGAAGCUGGGCAGCGCGGUCAUUACGCGCGAGGACGAGCACGGUCUCGCGCUGGGCCGGCUGGCCUCGAUCGUCGAGCAGGUGGCCGAAUACCACGUGGAGGGCCGGGAGUGCAUCAUGGUCACGAGCGGUGCGGUCGCGUUCGGCAAGCAGCGCCUGACGCAGGAGCUAAUCAUGUCCCUGUCGAUGCGCGAAACCCUUUCACCGACGGACCACACGCGCCAGGACGCGGGCACACUGGUGGAACCGAGGGCGGCCGCCGCCGUCGGCCAGUCCGGCCUGAUGUCGCUGUACGAUGCGAUGUUCGCCCAGUACGGCAUCAAGAUCGCGCAGGUGCUCGUGACCGAGCCGGACUUUUACAACGAGGAAACGCGCAAAAACCUGUUCAGCACGCUGUCCGAGCUGAUCCACCUGAACAUCGUGCCGAUCAUCAACACGAACGAUGCGGUGGUGCCGCCGAUGUUCAUCGUCGACCAGGAGGUGUCGGCCACCGGCAAGAAGCGGGGCAUCCGGAUCAAGGACAACGACAGCCUGGCGGCACUGCUCGCGGCCGAGAUUCAUGCCGACCUGCUGAUACUGAUGUCGGACGUGGACGGCAUCUACAACAAGCCGCCGUGGGAGGAUGGCGCGCGGCUCAUGCACACCUACACGGCCGGCGACAAGAAUCUGAUCAAGUUCGGCGAAAAGUCCAAGGUCGGUACGGGCGGCAUGAACUCGAAGGUGAUGGCGGCGACCUGGGCACUGGACCGCGGGGUCAGCGUGGUCAUUUGCAACGGCAUGCAGGACAAGGCGAUCAAGAGCAUACUUACCGGGCGCAAGGUGGGAACGUUCUUUACCGAGUCCACCGCCGAGAAGGCGACCCCUGUCGAGCAGAUUGCGGAAAAUGCACGCAAUGGCAGCCGAGUGCUGCAGAAUCUUACCGCCGCCGAGCGGGCACAGGCCGUCAACACACUGGCCGACCUGCUCAUCUCGCGACAGUCGCAAAUUCUCGAAGCGAACGCGAAAGAUCUGGACGAGGCGAAGAAGUCGGGAUUGGCCAAACCGCUACUUUCCCGACUGUCCCUGACGCCCUCCAAGCUGGAAAGCUUGGCCAAAGGAUUAAAGCAGAUUGCGGACGACAGCCACCGGAACGUCGGGCGUGUAGUGAAGCGCACCAAGCUGGCCGACGGGCUGGAACUGAAGCAGGUCACCGUGCCGAUCGGGGUGCUGCUGGUCAUAUUCGAGUCCCGGCCGGACUCGCUGCCCCAGGUGGCCGCCCUCGCGAUGGCGUCCGGCAAUGGGCUGCUGCUCAAGGGCGGCAAGGAGGCGGCCCACAGCAACCGGGCCCUGAUGGAGCUGGUGAAGGAAUCGCUGGCCGCGACGGGUGCCUCGAACGCGAUCUCGCUGGUGUCGACGCGCGAAGAGAUUAGCGAUCUGCUGUCGAUGGAUGAGCAUAUCGAUCUGAUCAUACCGCGCGGUUCGAGCGAGCUGGUGCGCAGCAUCCAGGAGAAGGCCCAGCACAUCCCGGUGAUGGGGCACGCGGAAGGCAUCUGCCACGUGUACGUCGAUCGGGAGGCGGAUCUCGACAAGGCGCUGAAAAUCAUUCGCGACUCCAAGUGCGACUAUCCGGCCGCUUGUAACGCCAUGGAGACGCUGCUCAUUCACGAGGACCUCCUGCAGAACAGUUCCUUCUUCACCGACGUGUGCAACAUGCUGAAGCGCGAGGGCGUCAAGAUCAACUCCGGCCCGAAGCUGAACCAGAUGCUGACCUUCGGCCCGCCCCAGGCCAAGUCGCUCAAGUUCGAAUACGGUGCGCUGGAAUGCAGCAUCGAGGUGGUGAAAAAUCUCGAAGAAGCAAUCGACCACGUGCACACGUACGGCAGCGGCCACACCGAUGUGAUCGUAACGGAAAAUCCCACUUCGGCCACCUACUUCCAGAGCAAUGUGGACAGUGCGUGCGUGUUCCACAACGCUAGCAGCCGGUUCGCGGACGGCUUCCGGUUCGGGCUCGGCGCGGAGGUGGGCAUUUCCACCGCGAGAAUACACGCCCGCGGCCCGGUCGGUGUCGAGGGUCUGCUCACGACGAAAUGGAUCCUGAGCGGCGUUGACCAUACGGCGUCGGAGUUUACCGACGGAUCGCGUGCCUGGCUCCAUCAGUCGCUACCGACCGACCAGUAGCAGGUGGUCGUUCUUCCGUUAAAUUGCUCUUGCCUGCAAUCGCUCGCCAGCGUGCUUCCGUUUACGCACCUUUGUCUUACGGACGAUUGAUUGCUGCCUCGGAAGGGCCGUUGUGGCGAUGAUCCCACCCUGCCAGAUGAUCCCACCCCAAAAGGUGCAAUCCACGCGUGCGCGCGCGCCACGAAUUGCGUACACAAAGCGGGAAUGCGCAACACAAUCGAAUAAAACUCAAUUAAUUAUCCUUACCGUAUCAAAUUAGCGUGACGGAUCGGGAGCAUAAUCACUUUGUGACCGCCGGACAUGAGGUCACCUGUACUAGGGUAUGUGCAACGGGUGUAUGUGUGUGUAUGUGUGUGAGUGUGUAUGUUUGGGUUGCAAAUGAAAUAAAAGCCGUCUGUAAAUAACGAUAGUUUAA